CAGGAACAGUUCUGAGAUUCACCACUGAGGCUGUGAAGCCAAUAGUUGCCUUAAAAUGAAUGCUUGGGAUGUAAGGAGUCCUUAGGAAGUACGAAGAUAACAACCUUGAUGAAUGACAGAAAUGUGGGUAUUUUUCUUCUCUUUUUUCUGAAUGUUUGAAGCUUGCAAAAUUGAAAGUAUAGCACAGUUGUGAAGAUGUUCUUAGGAUCCUUAACUCUUAAGAGUUAAAAGAACACACUUUGAUAAAUAUCUAGAAAGGGUUGUUUUGGAGUUUAGAAAGACCGCAUCUUUGCUACUGUAAUCAGCUGAAAGUCCUGUUCAUGGAGGAACUUACUGGUAGCUGAAUAUGAACUGAAAGUGGCCACUCCUUACCUCGGAUAACAUCAGCUGUGUUCUUCUAACCCAUUUUUUUUUCUUUGUUGUCAUCUUUUCUUCUUCUUCUCUUCUAUUCCUCGUCUUCCUUUUCCUCUUUCCUUGUUUUUUGAAGGAAACAGAGUCACCACUUUUAAAAAGAAAUCUAGUCGUGCAUAAGGGCCGAGCGGAGAUUUUACACCCAGAAAGGGAUUUAGCACGAUUGAACCUCCAACAGAUUGCUGAGACCACCAAUUUCACGCCACCCCUUCACAGCAUGGAGAGAAGAGAACAGCCUGGGAGCAGCAGGAAUGAAAAAGUUUUGAACUGCUUAUACCAAAAUCCUGAUGCUGUUUUUAAACUGAUCUGCUUUCCCUGGGCAGGAGGUGGCUCUGUUUAUUUUGCCAAGUGGGGUCAAAAGAUUCACGAUUCACUGGAAGUGCACUCCGUAAGGCUUGCUGGAAGAGAAAGUCGAUUUGAAGAACCUUUUGCAAAGGACAUCCACCAGGUGGUUGAUGAAAUUGUCUGUGCUAUGCUGCCAGUCAUCCAGGAUAAACCGUUUGCGUUUUUUGGCCACAGUAUGGGAUCCUACAUUGCUUUUAUGACUGCACUACAUUUGAAAGAGAAGUAUCAGCUGGAACCAAUGCAUUUCUUUGUAUCAAGUAUAACUCCUCCCCAUUCCAAGGCCCAGGUUUCCAUUCCCAAAGAAGGCGAACUGUCUGAAGAGCAAAUUGUCCAUUACCUUAUGGCUUUUGGAGGCACUCCCAAGAAUUUUAUUGAGGAUAAGGAACUUUUGCAACAAUAUAUCCCCCUUCUGAAGGCAGACAUACACAUUAUAAGGACUUGGAUCUUUGAUAAACCCUCCGAGGCUGUUCUUUCUUGUGACUUAACGUGUUUUAUUGGAUCCGAAGACAUAAUAAAAGAUAUGGAAGCCUGGAAAGAUCUAACCAGUGGAAGUUUCAACGUUCUCGGGCUUCCAGGAGAUCACUUUCAUCUUAUGAAACCUGAUAAUGAGAAAUUCAUCAAAAACUACAUAACCAAGUGUCUAGAAAUAGCGUCGCUUGCUGAUUGUUAAUUUAUUUCCCUUUUGAUCUUAAAAAAGUCCAAGUGAUAUGGUCCUCUCCUCAGCUAUUCAGAUGUACUUCAUUAGUUAGAGUGGGAAUGAUAGUUUUUACUUCUCAGGGUGAUUUGUGGUCUAUAAAUGUAUUUCUCCGAGGAGGAUUUACGUAUUGAGGAAUGAAAGACACACAGGUUAAGAAUACUCCUGGCAGAGUCUUUUAUCUUGCUAUUCAAAUCUUACAUGAUUCUCAUCUGUGGGAGGUUUGUCAAUGAACUUUUUAUGCUUAGUAAAUUAUCCAUUUUUCUUCAGUUAUUUUAAUGGCGAAAAUGAUUAACCAGGGGAAAUGCUUAUAAUUAUUGUUUCACCAACAUACCGCAACUCAAAGCUCCAUCGAAUCUGUUGAAAUGUAGCAGAGUUCCAUUUAUAAGAACAUGAAAUGUUUCAUUAAAAGAAGAUGGCCUUAAAUAAUUACUGUUGCCUGUACCAGCAAGUCCCUGGCCCCUUUUCUAAGGACUUGCUCCCCUCCCAAUUGCUGGUUGGCUCUUUGUGGCCCUGGAACCCUGGCAAUGAUUUGCUGGGACCUGGGGUCAGCCCUCCCACAACCAAUCCAGAGUCAAGCACAAAUGUCAGGCCUAAUGGGCUGCCAAAGCUUCACCCUGCCUGCCUUAACCUUGACAUAGGGAGAAACAAACCAGAACCAAGAGAACAAGAAAAGCAAAAAUAGGGAAGAUCAGCUAAGUCACAAUAAUGGUGGAACACGGCAAAUGGGAUGGGUACAUGCCUAAGCAAGGGGGUGAAGGCUUUCUGGGCCCCAGAGGCUGCUUCUGCUCUGAACUCUGUCCAUUCCCAAACUGUGUUUGUUUCUUCAAGGCCUGACUCUACAAUCAGACCCUGGAUUUCUUUAUUUCCUUCCGAUUGUCACAAUAAACUCCGCUACUUAAUGUGACUGAUGUCUCUUCCUUACAGCCCAUACGCUUAAUGUACCAUGUUUAUGACCAUAAAAUGUGGGCUUAUGUAUUUUGUUACUAAUUUUACAUAACGGACGUAAGAUCUCAGUGAAUAAAACUAAGGAAAACGCAUACAGGAGGAAUUUUUCAUUAUUUAUCAUUCUUUUCUUUUUUUUUUUGUAGAGACAGAGUCUCACUUUAUGGCCCUCGGUAGAGUGCCGUGGCCUCACACAGCUCACAGCAACCUCCAACUCCUGGGCUUAAGCGAUUCUCUUGCCUCAGCCUCCCAAGUAGCUGGGACUACAGGCGCCUGCCACAACGCCCGGCUAUUUUUUGGUUGCAGUUUGGCCGGGGCCGGGUUUGAACCCGCCAUCCUCGGUAUACGGGGCCGGCGCCUUACCGACUGAGCCACAGGCGCCGCCCUUAUCAUUCUUUUCUUCAAGUUCAAAUAAUAUAAAAUUAAUGAUGGGGGGUGGCUUUGAGUUAGAAUUCAUGUUAUAAAUUUGGACUAUAAAAUAGUCUCAGGCAAAUUGUGUUGAAUGUUUAGUAUGUGAUGUCCUUUACCUCUUAGAUACUGUCCCUAGAGCCCCCUUUACCAAAGGAUUGGUACAAAAGCAAUUUGGAUCUGUGACUAUUGCUUUAAAAUAUCUGUCAAUAUAGCCUGCAGAUGGGAUUCUGGCUAGGUGGCUGAGGCUGGGCUUGGGGGGUGGAUGGAGUCCACGUAAGAAUAGCCCUAAGAGGGACGGCACCUGUGGCUCAGUGACUAGGGUGCUGGCCCUAUAUACUGAGGGUGGCGGGUUAAAACCUGCCCCGACCAAACUGCCACAAAAAAAUAGCCAGGCCUUGUGGUGGGCACCUGUAGUCCCAGCUAGUUGGGAGGCUGAGGCAAGAGAAUCACCUAAGCCCAAGAGCUGGAGGUUGCCGUGAGCUGUGAUGCCACAGCACUCUACCGAGGGUG